GGCAUGGCAGACGGGCGAUUUGAAGUAUUUCUCCGUUUUGUCGCUGGUCUCUCCUCCCCACGGACAGCUUGGAUCCUGGAGGAGUUUCUGGGUAAAUUUCCUCAUCAAACAACCGGCCGAGUGAAUGACUGGGUGAAGGAGGAGGUAAAACGCCGGGCUAGAAACACAGAGAGUGACGCUGGUAAACGGAGGCUCCUGAACACGCUGCACUACCUGUUUGAGUCUCAGAAUCCUGCACUGGCUCAGGAGACACUGGGAUCUGUGGAAACACUUUCAUUCAGUGGACUGGUACUGACCCCGAUUGACUGUACGGUCCUGUCUCAUGCCAUCAGGCCCUGUGAUACAAUCAACCACCUCGAUCUGGAUAGCUGCCGCAUUCAGUGUGAAGGUCUCCAGCGGCUGGGACCGGCUCUGCACAAGUGUCAGCAAUUGAGACUGGGACUCAACGACCUGGGAGAUUCCGGAGUGAAACUGGUGUCUGAAGAGAUGCAUUUGAGCUUAAAAGCACCUUGCCAAGCCAGGGAAAAGGCCAUAAAAUGGAUUUUGCUGCCUGCCUGGCUGAGAAUGCAUUUUAAGCCCCACAAGGGCCUGUAA